GGUCGGCACUGAAGGGGUUAAGGCCGCGGAGAAGCCCCGGGCUCAGCCCUAGGGGGCGGAUCCUGGGGCUUCCUCCCUCCAGACCAAAGGGUGCGGCUGCUGCAGAGGUGGCUGAUGCAGUGGUGGACUAGGAGGACUACUGGAAGACAGAAGGCCAGCAAGUAGAUUGGGUCGGCUGUUUUAGACCUGGUGGUUACAGGCCCCCUGUGAGGGGAGGUCCUGAGGAGGACAAAUUUGUAGCCAGAACAGUAUGGGGCCAGGACUCCUAGGUUCUGCCCCAACCUUAAGCAGCUCAUCCAUCACUCCCAGCCUCCCUCCAACGUGGGGUAGACACCUGGAUCUAUCUGCCCUGCUCUAUAGGGUAUGGGUCUCUUCCAGGUCACCUGUGCUAUCAGGAGGAGAGCCACUGUGGUCUGAAGAGAUGCCACUGCCUGGAGACUGGGGUCUUAACCUCCAGCCUGUCACUGAGCCACCUGCAACCUAGCAGCAGGUGACCUUGGCUCCCAGCCUGACUCAGCUGAACCUGGAUCCUGUGCAUAGGCAAGAGCUGACUCUGAGCCCUGGCCCAGCCAAGCUGACCCCUACACUAGACCCUACACACCGGAUGGAGCUGAUCCUGAGCACCAGCCCAGCUGAGCUGACUCUGGAUCCUGCGUGCCAGCCAAAGCUACCCCUGGAUUCCACAUGCCAACCAGAGAUGACCUUCAAUCCUGGUCCAACUGAGCUUACCCUGGAUUCUGAACACCAGCCAGAGGAGACCCCAGCUCCUAGCCUGGCUGAGUUGAUCCUGGAGCCUGUGCACCGCCGACCAGAGCUCCUGGAUGCUUGUGCUGACCUCAUCAAUGAUCAGUGGCCCCGCAGCCGCGCCUCCCGCCUGCACUCCCUGGGCCAGUCCUCAGAUGCCUUCCCCCUCUGCCUGAUGCUGCUGAGCCCCCACCCCACACCUGAAGCAGCACCCAUUGUGGUGGGCCAUGCCCGCCUGUCACGGGUGCUGAACCAGCCCCAGAGCCUCUUAGUGGAGACGGUGGUGGUGGCCCGGGCCCUGAGGGGCCGUGGCUUUGGCCGCCGCCUCAUGGAGGGCCUGGAGGUCUUUGCUCGGGCCCAGGGCUUCCGCAAGCUGCACCUCACCACCCAUGACCAGGUGCACUUCUAUAUCCACCUGGGCUACCAGCUGGGUGAGCCUGUGCAGGGCCUGGUCUUCACCAGCAGACGGCUGCCUGCCACCCUGCUUAAUGCCUUCCCCACAGCCCCCUCUCCCCGGCCACCCUGGAAGGCCACAAACCUGACUGCCCAAGCUGCCCCAAGGAGUCCCAAGGGACCUCCAUUGCCACCACCCCCUCCCCUACCUGAGUGCCUGACCACCUCACCCCCAGUUCCAUCAGGGCCCCCUUCAAAAAGCCUGCUGGAGACACGAUAUCAAAAUGUGAGGGGGUGCCCCAUAUUCUGGAUGGAAAAAGACAUCUGAGGCCAUCCAGGGCAAGGAACUGUCUUUCUGGUUCAAUAGACUGCCCCAGACAGUCUACAAGCCUCAGCCCACUGACCAUAUCUCAGCCCCUAGCCCCUGGGGGGCAGCUUUAACCUGGGCAUGUUUCCUGGGUACCAGUGGGGCCAGGAGGUGGCUCUGGCUCAGAGCUGUCAGUGUGGCUGAAUAAAGGCUCUCUUAGGUA